UCUCUGCACACUUUCCGCAAGGUGCCGUCGCGGCGAAAAGAAAACACUCGUUGAGCCAGUCACACCAGUGUUGUCACUCUUUCAGUUUCCUUCUUUUAUCACGCGCUAAAUGCCACAUCAUGAUGUGAUAUCCAUUGUCGUGUAAUCCUCUUAACAGCAUCCAACAGAAAAGGAUUUAAAUCUUCUUUGGAGGGGUUUGCUUCUCACGGUGUAGCACUGCUGGGAAUAUUUGUUGUACAGCGUCCAGCGGAUUAGGAAUGGGCGCGGCGCCCUGUUUACUGUCGCUGGGCACUAUAUGCGGCUGUAUCGCUGUGGCCUGCGUGGCCAUCGCGUUCAGUACGGACAAUUGGCUGGAGUACUCGGUGAACCGGGUGGCGAUUCUGACCACGAUGAGCCAGACGUCCGAUGAUCCACAGUACGCGGAGGUCCCGUUGAAUCUUAACCGGACACUGAUUUAUUUCCCGCGGACCAUCGGGUUGUGGCGGAUAUGUUUCCCUAUGGAGAUACCAUACGGCGUUGAUGUAUAUCGAUCUCCAACGGACACCAGUUGCGUGAACGUCGACUACCCGAAAGAUCUGGAUAGCGGGAUGGACGCGUGGAAUCGUGCUCGCGUCCAUUUGAUGCGGACGAUUCUGGCGCUGUUCAUUGCUGGAUUCGCCAUGGAACUGCUGAGCUUCUUUGUGGGAGUGUUCGGCUGCUGGCGGAGGAGUCCCGGCUUGUUGGUCACGACCGGAACUUUCAUGAUAUUAGCCUGGUUAUUAGACGCGGGUGCCCUGGCGAUUUGGCACGGUGUGGAUUACAUGGAGACCAAGCGCAUGCAGUUUCCCACCAAUGUAUACUACACAUACCGCACCUGGCCUCCGAUACUACAGCAGUACACCACGCGGAACUACAGCUGGUCGUUUAUGCUGGCGUGGAUCGGCUGCGGGAUGGCACUGGUGUCGGCCAUGUUCCUGUUGGGCGGCGCAGCCAGUCUGCGAGCUGAGCGCCGUCGCGAGAAGGAACGCAAUGCUCAAUACAUGCUGCCGGUGUACGGGAAUUACGGAGAGAAGAAUGCGCCCUACUACGCACACGCCUAUCCGGGACCGCACUAUUACUACAGCUCUAACAGCUAUCGUUAUUAAUUGCGAUAUACUUAUUAUGUUCUCCCAAUUUUUUUGAUGUACAGUUUACCUUGCCAAUGUUUCCAUAAACGCAUUACGUUGCUAAAAAUCCUAGAGUAGAAUACCGUAUGUUACCCAAUGAAUACUAUCCGGGCAUGCAACGUAUCGUGCCAAUUCAAAAAAACCUGACGAUUUUCGA